CCAGUUUAAUAGGAUAGGUAGGUAUUAGUGGUAAGACGCCCCCUGCAUCCAGGUUUGCCAAAUCCAGUGUGCCAAAUCCACUGUGUGGCACAUUGGACGGUACACAGUGGUUGCUGGGGAUAACUGGACUUUUUUUCAGCAUCUUUUUGGGCGACAAAUAAGACAAAGUACAGCACCUUCCCUCGUAGCCUCGUUGCUCUCCUUCCCCUAUUCCCCCGGUGAGACCUGGUAAGAGUCCCGCGCUGCAACCAUGGUGGUGAUGAAGAUGAAGUUCCCCUUUGAGAAAAGAGUGAAGCUAGCCCAGGGACUGUGGCUCCUGUCUUGGUGUGCCACAGUUGCUGGGGCCACGACCUUCACCCUGGGAUGCAUCCUCAAGACAGAGCUCCGCAGGAGGGCAGAGGUAAUGGAUAACCAAGACAUUCAUAUUGUGCCCAACACCCUCAUGAUUGUUGGUCUCGCCUCCCUGGGCAUCAACUACUUUGCAUCAAAGAUCUGUCAGGAUGCCCUGGAUGCUGGGCGAUUCCCUCGCUGGAAGAACUUCUUGAAGCCCUACUUUGCCAUCUCUUGCUUCUUCACUGUGCUCAUGCUGCUAGCUGUCAUCAUGAGCUAUGCAAUGAAGGGCAGUCUGGAGUCUUCUCUAAAGGUUGGCCUUAGAAAUGGCAUCCGCUUCUACAAGGACACAGACACGCCAGGCCGCUGCUUCCAGAAGCAGAACAUCGAUCGGCUGCAGAUGGAGUUUCAGUGUUGUGGGAACAAUGACUUCAGGGACUGGUUUGAGGUCCAGUGGAUCAGCAACCGCUACCUUGAUUUCAGCUCUAAGGAAGUGAAAGACCGCAUCAAGAGCAAUGUGGAUGGCCGUUACUUGUUAGAUGGAGUCCCAUUCAGUUGCUGUAACCCCAGUUCUCCACGGCCAUGCAUCCAGUAUCAGCUCACCAACAACUCAGCUCACUAUAACUAUGAUUACCAAACUGAGGAGCUCAACAUCUACCUCCGAGGGUGCAGAGAGGCCCUGGUCAACUACUACAUGGGUCUGAUGAACACUAUUGGAGCUGGAGUGCUGUCAAUCUUCCUCUUACAGGGGUCUGUGCUGGUGAGCUUGCGGCUCCUGCAGACCGCCAUGGAGGCAGUGGCAGGAAAGGAAAACACUGAGAUCGAGACAGAGGGGUACUUGCUAGAGAAAGGAGUGAAAGACACCAUCAUGGAGUACCUCGACCCUGUGCUGAAGUUCUUGCUGCUCAAAAACCAGGUGGAGGAAGGCACAGCUGCAGCCACUUCUACAACAGCUGCUACCCCAGCUCCCACCUAAACCCCUUUUUAUGUUUCAAAGAUCAUAUGUAAAUAAUUUUUACAACAAGAGGGGAACUAAGGAAGAGCUUUAAUUUAAAAAAAUAAAUAAAUAAAUUCACAUUUCUGUGAAUUUCACAAAUUUAGGGAUAGAGGGUUUUUUGGUUUUUUUUGGCGGGGGGGGUGUUUUUUUAAUUGUCAGAUGACCAUCACUGGUAAAGUUUAUCUAUACAAAUGUUGCUCUACUUUCCCAUUCAAAUUCAGUCUUGGUAUCUUAAUUCCCAGUAAAGGUACCCAUUGCAGCUGUGAUUAAUCCAGUUUUCAGACACUUCUCAGUACUUCUUAAAAAAUGAACAAGAUGCUUAAAAUAAUAAGCAUUUUUUUUUAAUUGUUUAGCACUUUUUAUUUUUCCUGUUAUUCACUGCAUACGAUUAACAAACUCUUUACGGCUAUGUUUACAGUCCCACAAAUACGUGUAAUUACUAUCUUACUUUUGAAAGUUGUGUGCAUUGCUUAUUGCAGUCUCACAAGACUUAUUUUGUGUCAAAAGCAAUAAAACAGUCACCCUUCAAUAAGUGGAUAAACAUUAAUCGAUAAAGUGUACAGAAAGAUUCUUUUUUGGAAGAUGUAAAGCUGGCUGUAGAGAAAAACGAGGCACAAUGCUCUGCUGCGCAACAGGAGUAUGAAAAUAAUAAUAUAUAAGAGAUGACUUAUUAAAGUUUGAGGUUACUAAAUGCC